AUGGCAGGGCGCCGGAAAUGGACGAAACGAAAAGAUAGCGAGCGAUCCGUCCCCAAAGCCAUAAUAAAGUGUUUCGCUUUAGCAUUUUACUCCCGGCGUUCCAUUUCUUCAGAUAAUUUCUUCUCCCAAGCAAAUUCAUUUCAAGCCAUAGCAAGGCUUCUCUAUUUCCUUCUCGCUACUUUUUUUUUUUAUCCUUCAUUUCUUUCUGCUUCUCUCGCAGGCAUCCACUCCUUCACUACCGACAUUUUGUCUUCCACCCUCUAUACAACUGACCAAAACUCACACGCUUUUUUUCUCCCCCCUUCCUUCUUCAUUUCUCCUCUCUCCCUUCCACUCCACAUCUUUCUUUCCUCCUCUCAUUGUCAUCUUUCUGUUCUUCUCAGCCAAUCAAUUCGCGAAAUUCUCAUCUCGAUUCGAAUCAUUACCCUACGCGUCUUACUGUCCAUCUUUUAA